CAUGCGGGUUAAAAAUGUAUUUCCAUCCUCUUUCCUUGUUAUUCCACGGAAAUACCGUACGCCCGUCGGCGCAAUUUAGGACAUACACCGCCACACAGAUUCGCACGCGUUUCGUCCCUUUUGACAAAAUCAGCCCCCAAUUUCCAAUUUCCAAUCCAGGCACGGAGAGGAAAGAGCAAACCCUAAACCUAAAAGGAAAGUUCGUCCUUUAAUUCUCGCCAAAACCCUCAAUUUCAAUCUAACCUUCUCAUUCUAUCACAAAUCGUAACCCCAAUUCUCAAGAAGAAUGCUUCUUACUCCGGGUCACUCUCCUCGCCACCUCUCAUCCCCUUCACCGUCUGCAAUUUCCGAUACUUCCGUCCAAACCCCAAGAAGUUCCGCCCAAAUCACUUCCAGAAACCCUAGAGGCCAUCCCACAGUCCUCGACGAAGACACCUAUGUCGCCGCGAUCGAGAAGAUCAUCGAAAGGGACUUCUUUCCCGAUAUCUCGAAGCUUCGGGACCGCCUUGACUGGCUCGAAGCGAUCAAGACCCGGGACCCGGUUCAGAUCCGCGAUGCCCAGUUGAAGAUCAUUGAGCGCCGCGGCAAGAAGGUAACUCAUAAUCCUGACCCUGAUGGUAGAACCCCUGGUUCGACUUUUAUGCGUAGUUUCACCCCUGCCGAUGAAUUUGAUGGUAAAACCCCGAAAACUCCCGGUGUUUCAAACAUGGGAUUGUUUGGUGAGGUAGAGUCUAACGGGGCUGAUGAUGGGGUAGAGGCCUCGUUGUCGCUCGACCAGUUUUUUAGGCGGUAUACGAGUGAGGACAAUCAGAGUUUUUCAAAUAUUAUGGAGAAGGUGAAUAGGAAGAGGAAGGAGAGAUAUGAGUAUUUGACAGAAGGAGAAAAGGAGGAUGUUAAAUCGAUUGAGGAUGCCAAGAGGGAUAGGAUUACAGAUGGGUAUGGGACGUCUGAUCAGCCCCCGUUUACAUUGGAAGGGUGCAAGUUUACGGCAAAGAAUUUGCUGAUGUACCAUCCAGCUGAUCGCGGUGAGGCCCCAUUGACAACAGAGGAACGGGCAGUUAGGAUGAAGUGUUUGGAGAAGGAGAUUAGUCGAGCCAAUACUCGAUUGCAUGGCAAGAUGCUGGAUUCUAGGCCAAAGGAGGAUGGUAUGGCUGAGGUUCUUUAUACCACAGUUGCAGGUGCAACCCCGGUUAUUAUGGAUAGGGAUGGGGAUAAGUUUAAGAAGUAUGAUUUGGAUGAUUUGAGGAAGACCCCGAAUCCUUUUUAUGUGGAAUCUGGGAAGAAAGCGGAGAAUGGUUAUAGUUUUGUGCGGACACCAUCACCAGCACCGGGUGUUGAUGAAUCUCCAUUUAUUACAUGGGGUGAAAUUGAAGGGACGCCCCUGAGGUUGGACCUGGAGGACACUCAGAUUGAUAUUGGCGGUGGUGAAGGGCCUCAUUAUAGGAUCCCGUGCCCGCCUGUAAGAGAUGAAAAGGCUCACUCACUGUCAAGGGAAGCUGCACGCAAAUUGAGGGAAAGGUCAAAAAUGUUUCAGAAGCCACCAUUGCCAACGCCCUCUAGAGGUGGCAGUGCCAGUCCGAGUGUGCGGACGCUAUCUCCCGCUGCCCAGAAGUUUGUCAGGAAUGCAAUUGCCAAGUCUUCAUCUUCUGUUGAUGAAACUCUUCGUGCCAGUUACAGAGGUACAAGUCCUGGGUUUUCUACACCUAAAGGUGGGAGGAGUAUGUCAAGGUUGGGAAGAGAUGCUAGUAUCAUUUCAAGAUCACCAUCUCCAAGGGUGGACUCUAAUCCUCCUUGGUAAUUAGGAGUUUUCUUUGUUUAGAAUCAAUGCUUUGUUUGGCACUGGAGAAGCCUUAUGUAUUUUAACCAUAUAUGUAAAAAUUCAGUUGUUUCUCUUUAUGUUGAUAAGUGGAAGAUUAUUAUAACAAGCUCCAAAUAUUCUAGAUUUC